AGAUGGAGGUGCGUUUUGAGUCGACUCACAAGUCGCGCGAGGCGGAGCGACAAGGGCACCGAGAUGGAGAGGUGCGUGGGGCUCACUACGACACGGAGAUGGAGGUGCGUUUUGAGUCGACUCACAAGUCGCGCGAGGCGGAGCGACAAGGGCACCGAGAUGGAGAGGUGCGUGGGGCUCACUACGACACGGAGAUGGAGGUGCGUUUUGAGUCGACUCACAAGUCGCGCGAGGCGGAGCGACAAGGGCACCGAGAUGGAGAGGUGCGUGGGGCUCACUACGACACGGAGAUGGAGUCGCGCGAGGCGGAGCGACAAGGGCACCGAGAUGGAGAGGUGCGUGGGGCUCACUACGACACGGAGAUGGAGGUGCGUUUUGAGUCGACUCACAAGUCGCGCGAGGCGGAGCGACAAGGGCUCCGAGAUGGAGAGGUGCGUGGGGCUCACUACGACACGGAGAUGGAGGUGCGUUUUGAGUCGACUCACAAGUCGCGCGAGGCGGAGCGACAAGGGCUCCGAGAUGGAGAGGUGCGUGGGGCUCACUACGACACGGAGAUGGAGGUGCGUUUUGAGUCGACUCACAAGUCGCGCGAGGCGGAGCGACAAGGGCACCGAGAUGGAGAGGUGCGUGGGGCUCACUACGACACGGAGAUGGAGGUGCGUUUUGAGUCGACUCACAAGUCGCGCGAGGCGGAGCGACAAGGGCACCGAGAUGGAGAGGUGCGUGGGGCUCACUACGACACGGAGAUGGAGGUGCGUUUUGAGUCGACUCACAAGUCGCGCGAGGCGGAGCGACAAGGGCACCGAGAUGGAGAGGUGCGUGGGGCUCACUACGACACGGAGAUGGAGGUGCGUUUUGAGUCGACUCACAAGUCGCGCGAGGCGGAGCGACAAGGGCACCGAGAUGGAGAGGUGCGUGGGGCUCACUACGACACGGAGAUGGAGGUGCGUUUUGAGUCGACUCACAAGUCGCGCGAGGCGGAGCGACAAGGGCACCGAGAUGGAGAGGUGCGUGGGGCUCACUACGACACGGAGAUGGAGGUGCGUUUUGAGUCGACUCACAAGUCGCGCGAGGCGGAGCGACAAGGGCACCGAGAUGGAGAGGUGCGUGGGGCUCACUACGACACGGAGAUGGAGGUGCGUUUUGAGUCGACUCACAAGUCGCGCGAGGCGGAGCGACAAGGGCACCGAGAUGGAGAGGUGCGUGGGGCUCACUACGACACGGAGAUGGAGGUGCGUUUUGAGUCGACUCACAAGUCGCGCGAGGCGGAGCGACAAGGGCACCGAGAUGGAGAGGUGCGUGGGGCUCACUACGACACGGAGAUGGAGGUGCGUUUUGAGUCGACUCACAAGUCGCGCGAGGCGGAGCGACAAGGGCACCGAGAUGGAGAGGUGCGUGGGGCUCACUACGACACGGCGAUGGAGGUGCGUUUUGAGUCGACUCACAAGUCGCGCGAGGCGGAGCGACAAGGGCACCGAGAUGGAGAGGUGCGUGGGGCUCACUACGACACGGCGAUGGAGGUGCGUUUUGAGUCGACUCACAAGUCGCGCGAGGCGGAGCGACAAGGGCACCGAGAGGGAGAGGUGCGUGGGGCUCACUACGACACGGCGAUGGAGGUGCGUUUUGAGUCGACUCACAAGUCGCGCGAGGCGGAGCGACAAGGGCACCGAGAGGGAGAGGUGCGUGGGGCUCACUACGACACGGCGAUGGAGGUGCGUUUUGAGUCGACUCACAAGUCGCGCGAGGCGGAGCGACAAGGGCACCGAGAGGGAGAGGUGCGUGGGGCUCACUACGACACGGCGAUGGAGGUGCGUUUUGAGUCGACUCACAAGUCGCGCGAGGCGGAGCGACAAGGGCACCGAGAGGGAGAGGUGCGUGGGGCUCACUACGACACGGCGAUGGAGGUGCGUUUUGAGUCGACUCACAAGUCGCGCGAGGCGGAGCGACAAGGGCACCGAGAGGGAGAGGUGCGUGGGGCUCACUACGACACGGCGAUGGAGGUGCGUUUUGAGUCGACUCACAAGUCGCGCGAGGCGGAGCGACAAGGGCACCGAGAGGGAGAGGUGCGUGGGGCUCACUACGACACGGCGAUGGAGGUGCGUUUUGAGUCGACUCACAAGUCGCGCGAGGCGGAGCGACAAGGGCACCGAGAGGGAGAGGUGCGUGGGGCUCACUACGACACGGCGAUGGAGGUGCGUUUUGAGUCGACUCACAAGUCGCGCGAGGCGGAGCGACAAGGGCACCGAGAGGGAGAGGUGCGUGGGGCUCACUACGACACGGCGAUGGAGGUGCGUUUUGAGUCGACUCACAAGUCGCGCGAGGCGGAGCGACAAGGGCACCGAGAGGGAGAGGUGCGUGGGGCUCACUACGACACGGCGAUGGAGGUGCGUUUUGAGUCGACUCACAAGUCGCGCGAGGCGGAGCGACAAGGGCACCGAGAGGGAGAGGUGCGUGGGGCUCACUACGACACGGCGAUGGAGGUGCGUUUUGAGUCGACUCACAAGUCGCGCGAGGCGGAGCGACAAGGGCACCGAGAGGGAGAGGUGCGUGGGGCUCACUACGACACGGCGAUGGAGGUGCGUUUUGAGUCGACUCACAAGUCGCGCGAGGCGGAGCGACAAGGGCACCGAGAGGGAGAGGUGCGUGGGGCUCACUACGACACGGCGAUGGAGGUGCGUUUUGAGUCGACUCACAAGUCGCGCGAGGCGGAGCGACAAGGGCACCGAGAGGGAGAGGUGCGUGGGGCUCACUACGACACGGCGAUGGAGGUGCGUUUUGAGUCGACUCACAAGUCGCGCGAGGCGGAGCGACAAGGGCACCGAGAGGGAGAGGUGCGUGGGGCUCACUACGACACGGCGAUGGAGGUGCGUUUUGAGUCGACUCACAAGUCGCGCGAGGCGGAGCGACAAGGGCACCGAGAGGGAGAGGUGCGUGGGGCUCACUACGACACGGCGAUGGAGGUGCGUUUUGAGUCGACUCACAAGUCGCGCGAGGCGGAGCGACAAGGGCACCGAGAGGGAGAGGUGCGUGGGGCUCACUACGACACGGCGAUGGAGGUGCGUUUUGAGUCGACUCACAAGUCGCGCGAGGCGGAGCGACAAGGGCACCGAGAGGGAGAGGUGCGUGGGGCUCACUACGACACGGCGAUGGAGGUGCGUUUUGAGUCGACUCACAAGUCGCGCGAGGCGGAGCGACAAGGGCACCGAGAGGGAGAGGUGCGUGGGGCUCACUACGACACGGCGAUGGAGGUGCGUUUUGAGUCGACUCACAAGUCGCGCGAGGCGGAGCGACAAGGGCACCGAGAGGGAGAGGUGCGUGGGGCUCACUACGACACGGCGAUGGAGGUGCGUUUUGAGUCGACUCACAAGUCGCGCGAGGCGGAGCGACAAGGGCACCGAGAGGGAGAGGUGCGUGGGGCUCACUACGACACGGCGAUGGAGGUGCGUUUUGAGUCGACUCACAAGUCGCGCGAGGCGGAGCGACAAGGGCACCGAGAGGGAGAGGUGCGUGGGGCUCACUACGACACGGCGAUGGAGGUGCGUUUUGAGUCGACUCACAAGUCGCGCGAGGCGGAGCGACAAGGGCACCGAGAGGGAGAGGUGCGUGGGGCUCACUACGACACGGCGAUGGAGGUGCGUUUUGAGUCGACUCACAAGUCGCGCGAGGCGGAGCGACAAGGGCACCGAGAGGGAGAGGUGCGUGGGGCUCACUACGACACGGCGAUGGAGGUGCGUUUUGAGUCGACUCACAAGUCGCGCGAGGCGGAGCGACAAGGGCACCGAGAGGGAGAGGUGCGUGGGGCUCACUACGACACGGCGAUGGAGGUGCGUUUUGAGUCGACUCACAAGUCGCGCGAGGCGGAGCGACAAGGGCACCGAGAGGGAGAGGUGCGUGGGGCUCACUACGACACGGCGAUGGAGGUGCGUUUUGAGUCGACUCACAAGUCGCGCGAGGCGGAGCGACAAGGGCACCGAGAGGGAGAGGUGCGUGGGGCUCACUACGACACGGCGAUGGAGGUGCGUUUUGAGUCGACUCACAAGUCGCGCGAGGCGGAGCGACAAGGGCACCGAGAGGGAGAGGUGCGUGGGGCUCACUACGACACGGCGAUGGAGGUGCGUUUUGAGUCGACUCACAAGUCGCGCGAGGCGGAGCGACAAGGGCACCGAGAGGGAGAGGUGCGUGGGGCUCACUACGACACGGCGAUGGAGGUGCGUUUUGAGUCGACUCACAAGUCGCGCGAGGCGGAGCGACAAGGGCACCGAGAGGGAGAGGUGCGUGGGGCUCACUACGACACGGCGAUGGAGGUGCGUUUUGAGUCGACUCACAAGUCGCGCGAGGCGGAGCGACAAGGGCACCGAGAGGGAGAGGUGCGUGGGGCUCACUACGACACGGCGAUGGAGGUGCGUUUUGAGUCGACUCACAAGUCGCGCGAGGCGGAGCGACAAGGGCACCGAGAGGGAGAGGUGCGUGGGGCUCACUACGACACGGCGAUGGAGGUGCGUUUUGAGUCGACUCACAAGUCGCGCGAGGCGGAGCGACAAGGGCACCGAGAGGGAGAGGUGCGUGGGGCUCACUACGACACGGCGAUGGAGGUGCGUUUUGAGUCGACUCACAAGUCGCGCGAGGCGGAGCGACAAGGGCACCGAGAGGGAGAGGUGCGUGGGGCUCACUACGACACGGCGAUGGAGGUGCGUUUUGAGUCGACUCACAAGUCGCGCGAGGCGGAGCGACAAGGGCACCGAGAGGGAGAGGUGCGUGGGGCUCACUACGACACGGCGAUGGAGGUGCGUUUUGAGUCGACUCACAAGUCGCGCGAGGCGGAGCGACAAGGGCACCGAGAGGGAGAGGUGCGUGGGGCUCACUACGACACGGCGAUGGAGGUGCGUUUUGAGUCGACUCACAAGUCGCGCGAGGCGGAGCGACAAGGGCACCGAGAGGGAGAGGUGCGUGGGGCUCACUACGACACGGCGAUGGAGGUGCGUUUUGAGUCGACUCACAAGUCGCGCGAGGCGGAGCGACAAGGGCACCGAGAGGGAGAGGUGCGUGGGGCUCACUACGACACGGCGAUGGAGGUGCGUUUUGAGUCGACUCACAAGUCGCGCGAGGCGGAGCGACAAGGGCACCGAGAGGGAGAGGUGCGUGGGGCUCACUACGACACGGCGAUGGAGGUGCGUUUUGAGUCGACUCACAAGUCGCGCGAGGCGGAGCGACAAGGGCACCGAGAGGGAGAGGUGCGUGGGGCUCACUACGACACGGCGAUGGAGGUGCGUUUUGAGUCGACUCACAAGUCGCGCGAGGCGGAGCGACAAGGGCACCGAGAGGGAGAGGUGCGUGGGGCUCACUACGACACGGCGAUGGAGGUGCGUUUUGAGUCGACUCACAAGUCGCGCGAGGCGGAGCGACAAGGGCACCGAGAGGGAGAGGUGCGUGGGGCUCACUACGACACGGCGAUGGAGGUGCGUUUUGAGUCGACUCACAAGUCGCGCGAGGCGGAGCGACAAGGGCACCGAGAGGGAGAGGUGCGUGGGGCUCACUACGACACGGCGAUGGAGGUGCGUUUUGAGUCGACUCACAAGUCGCGCGAGGCGGAGCGACAAGGGCACCGAGAGGGAGAGGUGCGUGGGGCUCACUACGACACGGCGAUGGAGGUGCGUUUUGAGUCGACUCACAAGUCGCGCGAGGCGGAGCGACAAGGGCACCGAGAGGGAGAGGUGCGUGGGGCUCACUACGACACGGCGAUGGAGGUGCGUUUUGAGUCGACUCACAAGUCGCGCGAGGCGGAGCGACAAGGGCACCGAGAGGGAGAGGUGCGUGGGGCUCACUACGACACGGCGAUGGAGGUGCGUUUUGAGUCGACUCACAAGUCGCGCGAGGCGGAGCGACAAGGGCACCGAGAGGGAGAGGUGCGUGGGGCUCACUACGACACGGCGAUGGAGGUGCGUUUUGAGUCGACUCACAAGUCGCGCGAGGCGGAGCGACAAGGGCACCGAGAGGGAGAGGUGCGUGGGGCUCACUACGACACGGCGAUGGAGGUGCGUUUUGAGUCGACUCACAAGUCGCGCGAGGCGGAGCGACAAGGGCACCGAGAGGGAGAGGUGCGUGGGGCUCACUACGACACGGCGAUGGAGGUGCGUUUUGAGUCGACUCACAAGUCGCGCGAGGCGGAGCGACAAGGGCACCGAGAGGGAGAGGUGCGUGGGGCUCACUACGACACGGCGAUGGAGGUGCGUUUUGAGUCGACUCACAAGUCGCGCGAGGCGGAGCGACAAGGGCACCGAGAGGGAGAGGUGCGUGGGGCUCACUACGACACGGCGAUGGAGGUGCGUUUUGAGUCGACUCACAAGUCGCGCGAGGCGGAGCGACAAGGGCACCGAGAGGGAGAGGUGCGUGGGGCUCACUACGACACGGCGAUGGAGGUGCGUUUUGAGUCGACUCACAAGUCGCGCGAGGCGGAGCGACAAGGGCACCGAGAGGGAGAGGUGCGUGGGGCUCACUACGACACGGCGAUGGAGGUGCGUUUUGAGUCGACUCACAAGUCGCGCGAGGCGGAGCGACAAGGGCACCGAGAGGGAGAGGUGCGUGGGGCUCACUACGACACGGCGAUGGAGGUGCGUUUUGAGUCGACUCACAAGUCGCGCGAGGCGGAGCGACAAGGGCACCGAGAGGGAGAGGUGCGUGGGGCUCACUACGACACGGCGAUGGAGGUGCGUUUUGAGUCGACUCACAAGUCGCGCGAGGCGGAGCGACAAGGGCACCGAGAGGGAGAGGUGCGUGGGGCUCACUACGACACGGCGAUGGAGGUGCGUUUUGAGUCGACUCACAAGUCGCGCGAGGCGGAGCGACAAGGGCACCGAGAGGGAGAGGUGCGUGGGGCUCACUACGACACGGCGAUGGAGGUGCGUUUUGAGUCGACUCACAAGUCGCGCGAGGCGGAGCGACAAGGGCACCGAGAGGGAGAGGUGCGUGGGGCUCACUACGACACGGCGAUGGAGGUGCGUUUUGAGUCGACUCACAAGUCGCGCGAGGCGGAGCGACAAGGGCACCGAGAGGGAGAGGUGCGUGGGGCUCACUACGACACGGCGAUGGAGGUGCGUUUUGAGUCGACUCACAAGUCGCGCGAGGCGGAGCGACAAGGGCACCGAGAGGGAGAGGUGCGUGGGGCUCACUACGACACGGCGAUGGAGGUGCGUUUUGAGUCGACUCACAAGUCGCGCGAGGCGGAGCGACAAGGGCACCGAGAGGGAGAGGUGCGUGGGGCUCACUACGACACGGCGAUGGAGGUGCGUUUUGAGUCGACUCACAAGUCGCGCGAGGCGGAGCGACAAGGGCACCGAGAGGGAGAGGUGCGUGGGGCUCACUACGACACGGCGAUGGAGGUGCGUUUUGAGUCGACUCACAAGUCGCGCGAGGCGGAGCGACAAGGGCACCGAGAGGGAGAGGUGCGUGGGGCUCACUACGACACGGCGAUGGAGGUGCGUUUUGAGUCGACUCACAAGUCGCGCGAGGCGGAGCGACAAGGGCACCGAGAGGGAGAGGUGCGUGGGGCUCACUACGACACGGCGAUGGAGGUGCGUUUUGAGUCGACUCACAAGUCGCGCGAGGCGGAGCGACAAGGGCACCGAGAGGGAGAGGUGCGUGGGGCUCACUACGACACGGCGAUGGAGGUGCGUUUUGAGUCGACUCACAAGUCGCGCGAGGCGGAGCGACAAGGGCACCGAGAGGGAGAGGUGCGUGGGGCUCACUACGACACGGCGAUGGAGGUGCGUUUUGAGUCGACUCACAAGUCGCGCGAGGCGGAGCGACAAGGGCACCGAGAGGGAGAGGUGCGUGGGGCUCACUACGACACGGCGAUGGAGGUGCGUUUUGAGUCGACUCACAAGUCGCGCGAGGCGGAGCGACAAGGGCACCGAGAGGGAGAGGUGCGUGGGGCUCACUACGACACGGCGAUGGAGGUGCGUUUUGAGUCGACUCACAAGUCGCGCGAGGCGGAGCGACAAGGGCACCGAGAGGGAGAGGUGCGUGGGGCUCACUACGACACGGCGAUGGAGGUGCGUUUUGAGUCGACUCACAAGUCGCGCGAGGCGGAGCGACAAGGGCACCGAGAGGGAGAGGUGCGUGGGGCUCACUACGACACGGCGAUGGAGGUGCGUUUUGAGUCGACUCACAAGUCGCGCGAGGCGGAGCGACAAGGGCACCGAGAGGGAGAGGUGCGUGGGGCUCACUACGACACGGCGAUGGAGGUGCGUUUUGAGUCGACUCACAAGUCGCGCGAGGCGGAGCGACAAGGGCACCGAGAGGGAGAGGUGCGUGGGGCUCACUACGACACGGCGAUGGAGGUGCGUUUUGAGUCGACUCACAAGUCGCGCGAGGCGGAGCGACAAGGGCACCGAGAGGGAGAGGUGCGUGGGGCUCACUACGACACGGCGAUGGAGGUGCGUUUUGAGUCGACUCACAAGUCGCGCGAGGCGGAGCGACAAGGGCACCGAGAGGGAGAGGUGCGUGGGGCUCACUACGACACGGAGAUGGAGGUGCGUUUUGAGUCGACUCACAAGUCGCGCGAGGCAGAGCGACAAGGGCACCGAGACGGAGAGGUGCGUGGGGCUCACUACGACACGGAGAUGGAGGUGCGUUUUGAGUCGACUCACAAGUCGCGCGAGGCAGAGCGACAAGGGCACCGAGACGGAGAGGUGCGUGGGGCUCACUACGACACGGCGAUGGAGGUGCGUUUUGAGUCGACUCACAAGUCGCGCGAGGCAGAGCGACAAGGGCACCGAGACGGAGAGGUGCGUGGGGCUCACUACGACACGGCGAUGGAGGUGCGUUUUGAGUCGACUCACAAGUCGCGCGAGGCAGAGCGACAAGGGCACGGAGAGGGAGAGGUGCGUGGGGCUCACUACGACACGGAGAUGGAGGUGCGUUUUGAGUCGACUCACAAGUCGCGCGAGGCAGAGCGACAAGGGCACCGAGAGGGAGAGGUGCUUGGGGCUCACUACGACACGGAGAUGGAGGUGCGUUUUGAGUCGACUCACAAGUCGCGCGAGGCAGAGCGACAAGGGCACCGAGAGGGAGAGGUGCGUGGGGCUCACUACGACACGGCGAUGGAGUCGCGCGAGGCAGAGCGACAAGGGCACGGAGAGGGAGAGGUGCGUGGGGCUCACUACGACACGGCGAUGGAGGUGCGUUUUGAGUCGACUCACAAGUCGCGCGAGGCAGAGCGACAAGGGCACGGAGAGGGAGAGGUGCGUGGGGCUCACUACGACACGGCGAUGGAGGUGCGUUUUGAGUCGACUCACAAGUCGCGCGAGGCAGAGCGACAAGGGCACCGAGAGGGAGAGGUGCGUGGGGCUCACUACGACACGGCGAUGGAGGUGCGUUUUGAGUCGACUCACAAGUCGCGCGCGGCAGAGCGACAAGGGCACCGAGAGGGAGAGGUGCGUGGGGCUCACUACGACACGGCGAUGGAGGUGCGUUUUGAGUCGACUCACAAGUCGCGCGCGGCAGAGCGACAAGGGCACCGAGAGGGAGAGGUGCGUGGGGCUCACUACGACACGGCGAUGGAGGUGCGUUUUGAGUCGACUCACAAGUCGCGCGCGGCAGAGCGACAAGGGCACCGAGAGGGAGAGGUGCGUGGGGCUCACUACGACACGGCGAUGGAGGUGCGUUUUGAGUCGACUCACAAGUCGCGCGGGGCAGAGCGACAAGGGCACCGAGAGGGAGAGGUGCGUGGGGCUCACUACGACACGGCGAUGGAGGUGCGUUUUGAGUCGACUCACAAGUCGCGCGGGGCAGAGCGACAAGGGCACCGAGAGGGAGAGGUGCGUGGGGCUCACUACGACACGGCGAUGGAGGUGCGUUUUGAGUCGACUCACAAGUCGCGCGGGGCAGAGCGACAAGGGCACCGAGAGGGAGAGGUGCGUGGGGCUCACUACGACACGGCGAUGGAGGUGCGUUUUGAGUCGACUCACAAGUCGCGCGGGGCAGAGCGACAAGGGCACCGAGAGGGAGAGGUGCGUGGGGCUCACUACGACACGGCGAUGGAGGUGCGUUUUGAGUCGACUCACAAGUCGCGCGGGGCAGAGCGACAAGGGCACCGAGAGGGAGAGGUGCGUGGGGCUCACUACGACACGGCGAUGGAGGUGCGUUUUGAGUCGACUCACAAGUCGCGCGGGGCAGAGCGACAAGGGCACCGAGAGGGAGAGGUGCGUGGGGCUCACUACGACACGGCGAUGGAGGUGCGUUUUGAGUCGACUCACAAGUCGCGCGGGGCAGAGCGACAAGGGCACCGAGAGGGAGAGGUGCGUGGGGCUCACUACGACACGGCGAUGGAGGUGCGUUUUGAGUCGACUCACAAGUCGCGCGGGGCAGAGCGACAAGGGCACCGAGAGGGAGAGGUGCGUGGGGCUCACUACGACACGGCGAUGGAGGUGCGUUUUGAGUCGACUCACAAGUCGCGCGGGGCAGAGCGACAAGGGCACCGAGAGGGAGAGGUGCGUGGGGCUCACUACGACACGGCGAUGGAGGUGCGUUUUGAGUCGACUCACAAGUCGCGCGGGGCAGAGCGACAAGGGCACCGAGAGGGAGAGGUGCGUGGGGCUCACUACGACACGGCGAUGGAGGUGCGUUUUGAGUCGACUCACAAGUCGCGCGGGGCAGAGCGACAAGGGCACCGAGAGGGAGAGGUGCGUGGGGCUCACUACGACACGGCGAUGGAGGUGCGUUUUGAGUCGACUCACAAGUCGCGCGGGGCAGAGCGACAAGGGCACCGAGAGGGAGAGGUGCGUGGGGCUCACUACGACACGGCGAUGGAGGUGCGUUUUGAGUCGACUCACAAGUCGCGCGGGGCAGAGCGACAAGGGCACCGAGAGGGAGAGGUGCGUGGGGCUCACUACGACACGGCGAUGGAGGUGCGUUUUGAGUCGACUCACAAGUCGCGCGGGGCAGAGCGACAAGGGCACCGAGAGGGAGAGGUGCGUGGGGCUCACUACGACACGGCGAUGGAGGUGCGUUUUGAGUCGACUCACAAGUCGCGCGGGGCAGAGCGACAAGGGCACCGAGAGGGAGAGGUGCGUGGGGCUCACUACGACACGGCGAUGGAGGUGCGUUUUGAGUCGACUCACAAGUCGCGCGGGGCAGAGCGACAAGGGCACCGAGAGGGAGAGGUGCGUGGGGCUCACUACGACACGGCGAUGGAGGUGCGUUUUGAGUCGACUCACAAGUCGCGCGGGGCAGAGCGACAAGGGCACCGAGAGGGAGAGGUGCGUGGGGCUCACUACGACACGGCGAUGGAGGUGCGUUUUGAGUCGACUCACAAGUCGCGCGGGGCAGAGCGACAAGGGCACCGAGAGGGAGAGGUGCGUGGGGCUCACUACGACACGGCGAUGGAGGUGCGUUUUGAGUCGACUCACAAGUCGCGCGGGGCAGAGCGACAAGGGCACCGAGAGGGAGAGGUGCGUGGGGCUCACUACGACACGGCGAUGGAGGUGCGUUUUGAGUCGACUCACAAGUCGCGCGGGGCAGAGCGACAAGGGCACCGAGAGGGAGAGGUGCGUGGGGCUCACUACGACACGGCGAUGGAGGUGCGUUUUGAGUCGACUCACAAGUCGCGCGGGGCAGAGCGACAAGGGCACCGAGAGGGAGAGGUGCGUGGGGCUCACUACGACACGGCGAUGGAGGUGCGUUUUGAGUCGACUCACAAGUCGCGCGGGGCAGAGCGACAAGGGCACCGAGAGGGAGAGGUGCGUGGGGCUCACUACGACACGGAGAUGGAGGUGCGUUUUGAGUCGACUCACAAGUCGCGCGGGGCAGAGCGACAAGGGCACCGAGAGGGAGAGGUGCGUGGGGCUCACUACGACACGGAGAUGGAGGUGCGUUUUGAGUCGACUCACAAGUCGCGCGGGGCAGAGCGACAAGGGCACCGAGAGGGAGAGGUGCGUGGGGCUCACUACGACACGGAGAUGGAGGUGCGUUUUGAGUCGACUCACAAGUCGCGCGGGGCAGAGCGACAAGGGCACCGAGAGGGAGAGGUGCGUGGGGCUCACUACGACACGGAGAUGGAGGUGCGUUUUGAGUCGACUCACAAGUCGCGCGGGGCAGAGCGACAAGGGCACCGAGAGGGAGAGGUGCGUGGGGCUCACUACGACACGGCGAUGGAGGUGCGUUUUGAGUCGACUCACAAGUCGCGCGGGGCAGAGCGACAAGGGCACCGAGAGGGAGAGGUGCGUGGGGCUCACUACGACACGGCGAUGGAGGUGCGUUUUGAGUCGACUCACAAGUCGCGCGGGGCAGAGCGACAAGGGCACCGAGAGGGAGAGGUGCGUGGGGCUCACUACGACACGGCGAUGGAGGUGCGUUUUGAGUCGACUCACAAGUCGCGCGGGGCAGAGCGACAAGGGCACCGAGAGGGAGAGGUGCGUGGGGCUCACUACGACACGGCGAUGGAGGUGCGUUUUGAGUCGACUCACAAGUCGCGCGGGGCAGAGCGACAAGGGCACCGAGAGGGAGAGGUGCGUGGGGCUCACUACGACACGGAGAUGGAGGUGCGUUUUGAGUCGACUCACAAGUCGCGCGGGGCAGAGCGACAAGGGCACCGAGAGGGAGAGGUGCGUGGGGCUCACUACGACACGGAGAUGGAGGUGCGUUUUGAGUCGACUCACAAGUCGCGCGGGGCAGAGCGACAAGGGCACCGAGAGGGAGAGGUGCGUGGGGCUCACUACGACACGGAGAUGGAGGUGCGUUUUGAGUCGACUCACAAGUCGCGCGGGGCAGAGCGACAAGGGCACCGAGAGGGAGAGGUGCGUGGGGCUCACUACGACACGGAGAUGGAGGUGCGUUUUGAGUCGACUCACAAGUCGCGCGGGGCAGAGCGACAAGGGCACCGAGAGGGAGAGGUGCGUGGGGCUCACUACGACACGGAGAUGGAGGUGCGUUUUGAGUCGACUCACAAGUCGCGCGGGGCAGAGCGACAAGGGCACCGAGAGGGAGAGGUGCGUGGGGCUCACUACGACACGGAGAUGGAGGUGCGUUUUGAGUCGACUCACAAGUCGCGCGGGGCAGAGCGACAAGGGCACCGAGAGGGAGAGGUGCGUGGGGCUCACUACGACACGGAGAUGGAGGUGCGUUUUGAGUCGACUCACAAGUCGCGCGGGGCAGAGCGACAAGGGCACCGAGAGGGAGAGGUGCGUGGGGCUCACUACGACACGGAGAUGGAGGUGCGUUUUGAGUCGACUCACAAGUCGCGCGGGGCAGAGCGACAAGGGCACCGAGAGGGAGAGGUGCGUGGGGCUCACUACGACACGGCGAUGGAGGUGCGUUUUGAGUCGACUCACAAGUCGCGCGGGGCAGAGCGACAAGGGCACCGAGAGGGAGAGGUGCGUGGGGCUCACUACGACACGGCGAUGGAGGUGCGUUUUGAGUCGACUCACAAGUCGCGCGGGGCAGAGCGACAAGGGCACCGAGAGGGAGAGGUGCGUGGGGCUCACUACGACACGGCGAUGGAGGUGCGUUUUGAGUCGACUCACAAGUCGCGCGGGGCAGAGCGACAAGGGCACCGAGAGGGAGAGGUGCGUGGGGCUCACUACGACACGGCGAUGGAGGUGCGUUUUGAGUCGACUCACAAGUCGCGCGGGGCAGAGCGACAAGGGCACCGAGAGGGAGAGGUGCGUGGGGCUCACUACGACACGGCGAUGGAGGUGCGUUUUGAGUCGACUCACAAGUCGCGCGGGGCAGAGCGACAAGGGCACCGAGAGGGAGAGGUGCGUGGGGCUCACUACGACACGGAGAUGGAGGUGCGUUUUGAGUCGACUCACAAGUCGCGCGGGGCAGAGCGACAAGGGCACCGAGAGGGAGAGGUGCGUGGGGCUCACUACGACACGGAGAUGGAGGUGCGUUUUGAGUCGACUCACAAGUCGCGCGGGGCAGAGCGACAAGGGCACCGAGAGGGAGAGGUGCGUGGGGCUCACUACGACACGGAGAUGGAGGUGCGUUUUGAGUCGACUCACAAGUCGCGCGGGGCAGAGCGACAAGGGCACCGAGAGGGAGAGGUGCGUGGGGCUCACUACGACACGGCGAUGGAGGUGCGUUUUGAGUCGACUCACAAGUCGCGCGGGGCAGAGCGACAAGGGCACCGAGAGGGAGAGGAGCGUGGGGCUCACUACGACACGGCGAUGGAGGUGCGUUUUGAGUCGACUCACAAGUCGCGCGGGGCAGAGCGACAAGGGCACCGAGAGGGAGAGGUGCGUGGGGCUCACUACGACACGGAGAUGGAGGUGCGUUUUGAGUCGACUCACAAGUCGCGCGGGGCAGAGCGACAAGGGCACCGAGAGGGAGAGGUGCGUGGGGCUCACUACGACACGGAGAUGGAGGUGCGUUUUGAGUCGACUCACAAGUCGCGCGGGGCAGAGCGACAAGGGCACCGAGAGGGAGAGGUGCGUGGGGCUCACUACGACACGGAGAUGGAGGUGCGUUUUGAGUCGACUCACAAGUCGCGCGGGGCAGAGCGACAAGGGCACCGAGAGGGAGAGGUGCGUGGGGCUCACUACGACACGGCGAUGGAGGUGCGUUUUGAGUCGACUCACAAGUCGCGCGGGGCAGAGCGACAAGGGCACCGAGAGGGAGAGGUGCGUGGGGCUCACUACGACACGGCGAUGGAGGUGCGUUUUGAGUCGACUCACAAGUCGCGCGGGGCAGAGCGACAAGGGCACCGAGAGGGAGAGGUGCGUGGGGCUCACUACGACACGGCGAUGGAGGUGCGUUUUGAGUCGACUCACAAGUCGCGCGGGGCAGAGCGACAAGGGCACCGAGAGGGAGAGGUGCGUGGGGCUCACUACGACACGGCGAUGGAGGUGCGUUUUGAGUCGACUCACAAGUCGCGCGGGGCAGAGCGACAAGGGCACCGAGAGGGAGAGGUGCGUGGGGCUCACUACGACACGGCGAUGGAGGUGCGUUUUGAGUCGACUCACAAGUCGCGCGGGGCAGAGCGACAAGGGCACCGAGAGGGAGAGGUGCGUGGGGCUCACUACGACACGGCGAUGGAGGUGCGUUUUGAGUCGACUCACAAGUCGCGCGGGGCAGAGCGACAAGGGCACCGAGAGGGAGAGGUGCGUGGGGCUCACUACGACACGGAGAUGGAGGUGCGUUUUGAGUCGACUCACAAGUCGCGCGGGGCAGAGCGACAAGGGCACCGAGAGGGAGAGGUGCGUGGGGCUCACUACGACACGGAGAUGGAGGUGCGUUUUGAGUCGACUCACAAGUCGCGCGGGGCAGAGCGACAAGGGCACCGAGAGGGAGAGGUGCGUGGGGCUCACUACGACACGGAGAUGGAGGUGCGUUUUGAGUCGACUCACAAGUCGCGCGGGGCAGAGCGACAAGGGCACCGAGAGGGAGAGGUGCGUGGGGCUCACUACGACACGGAGAUGGAGGUGCGUUUUGAGUCGACUCACAAGUCGCGCGGGGCAGAGCGACAAGGGCACCGAGAGGGAGAGGUGCGUGGGGCUCACUACGACACGGAGAUGGAGGUGCGUUUUGAGUCGACUCACAAGUCGCGCGGGGCAGAGCGACAAGGGCACCGAGAGGGAGAGGUGCGUGGGGCUCACUACGACACGGAGAUGGAGGUGCGUUUUGAGUCGACUCACAAGUCGCGCGGGGCAGAGCGACAAGGGCACCGAGAGGGAGAGGUGCGUGGGGCUCACUACGACACGGAGAUGGAGGUGCGUUUUGAGUCGACUCACAAGUCGCGCGGGGCAGAGCGACAAGGGCACCGAGAGGGAGAGGUGCGUGGGGCUCACUACGACACGGAGAUGGAGGUGCGUUUUGAGUCGACUCACAAGUCGCGCGGGGCAGAGCGACAAGGGCACCGAGAGGGAGAGGUGCGUGGGGCUCACUACGACACGGAGAUGGAGGUGCGUUUUGAGUCGACUCACAAGUCGCGCGGGGCAGAGCGACAAGGGCACCGAGAGGGAGAGGUGCGUGGGGCUCACUACGACACGGAGAUGGAGGUGCGUUUUGAGUCGACUCACAAGUCGCGCGGGGCAGAGCGACAAGGGCACCGAGAGGGAGAGGUGCGUGGGGCUCACUACGACACGGAGAUGGAGGUGCGUUUUGAGUCGACUCACAAGUCGCGCGGGGCAGAGCGACAAGGGCACCGAGAGGGAGAGGUGCGUGGGGCUCACUACGACACGGCGAUGGAGGUGCGUUUUGAGUCGACUCACAAGUCGCGCGGGGCAGAGCGACAAGGGCACCGAGAGGGAGAGGUGCGUGGGGCUCACUACGACACGGCGAUGGAGGUGCGUUUUGAGUCGACUCACAAGUCGCGCGGGGCAGAGCGACAAGGGCACCGAGAGGGAGAGGUGCGUGGGGCUCACUACGACACGGCGAUGGAGGUGCGUUUUGAGUCGACUCACAAGUCGCGCGGGGCAGAGCGACAAGGGCACCGAGAGGGAGAGGUGCGUGGGGCUCACUACGACACGGAGAUGGAGGUGCGUUUUGAGUCGACUCACAAGUCGCGCGGGGCAGAGCGACAAGGGCACCGAGAGGGAGAGGUGCGUGGGGCUCACUACGACACGGAGAUGGAGGUGCGUUUUGAGUCGACUCACAAGUCGCGCGGGGCAGAGCGACAAGGGCACCGAGAGGGAGAGGUGCGUGGGGCUCACUACGACACGGAGAUGGAGGUGCGUUUUGAGUCGACUCACAAGUCGCGCGGGGCAGAGCGACAAGGGCACCGAGAGGGAGAGGUGCGUGGGGCUCACUACGACACGGAGAUGGAGGUGCGUUUUGAGUCGACUCACAAGUCGCGCGGGGCAGAGCGACAAGGGCACCGAGAGGGAGAGGUGCGUGGGGCUCACUACGACACGGAGAUGGAGGUGCGUUUUGAGUCGACUCACAAGUCGCGCGGGGCAGAGCGACAAGGGCACCGAGAGGGAGAGGUGCGUGGGGCUCACUACGACACGGAGAUGGAGGUGCGUUUUGAGUCGACUCACAAGUCGCGCGGGGCAGAGCGACAAGGGCACCGAGAGGGAGAGGUGCGUGGGGCUCACUACGACACGGAGAUGGAGGUGCGUUUUGAGUCGACUCACAAGUCGCGCGGGGCAGAGCGACAAGGGCACCGAGAGGGAGAGGUGCGUGGGGCUCACUACGACACGGAGAUGGAGGUGCGUUUUGAGUCGACUCACAAGUCGCGCGGGGCAGAGCGACAAGGGCACCGAGAGGGAGAGGUGCGUGGGGCUCACUACGACACGGCGAUGGAGGUGCGUUUUGAGUCGACUCACAAGUCGCGCGGGGCAGAGCGACAAGGGCACCGAGAGGGAGAGGUGCGUGGGGCUCACUACGACACGGCGAUGGAGGUGCGUUUUGAGUCGACUCACAAGUCGCGCGGGGCAGAGCGACAAGGGCACCGAGAGGGAGAGGUGCGUGGGGCUCACUACGACACGGCGAUGGAGGUGCGUUUUGAGUCGACUCACAAGUCGCGCGGGGCAGAGCGACAAGGGCACCGAGACGGAGAGGUGCGUGGGGCUCACUACGACACGGCGAUGGAGGUGCGUUUUGAGUCGACUCACAAGUCGCGCGAGGCAGAGCGACAAGGGCACCGAGAUGGAGAGGUGCGUGGGGCUCACUACGACACGGCGAUGGAGGUGCGUUUUGAGUCGACUCACAAGUCGCGCGAGGCAGAGCGACAAGGGCACCGAGAUGGAGAGGUGCGUGGGGCUCACUACGACACGGCGAUGGAGGUGCGUUUUGAGUCGACUCACAAGUCGCGCGAGGCAGAGCGACAAGGGCACCGAGAUGGAGAGGUGCGUGGGGCUCACUACGACACGGCGAUGGAGGUGCGUUUUGAGUCGACUCACAAGUCGCGCGAGGCAGAGCGACAAGGGCACCGAGAUGGAGAGGUGCGUGGGGCUCACUACGACACGGCGAUGGAGGUGCGUUUUGACUCGACUCACAAGUCGCGCGAGGCAGAGCGACAAGGGCACCGAGACGGAGAGGUGCUUGGGGCUCACUACGACACGGCGAUGGAGGUGCGUUUUGACUCGACUCACAAGUCGCGCGAGGCAGAGCGACAAGGGCACCGAGACGGAGAGGUGCGUGGGGCUCACUACGACACGGCGAUGGAGGUGCGUUUUGACUCGACUCACAAGUCGCGCGAGGCAGAGCGACAAGGGCACCGAGACGGAGAGGUGCUUGGGGCUCACUACGACACGGCGAUGGAGGUGCGUUUUGACUCGACUCACAAGUCGCGCGAGGCAGAGCGACAAGGGCACCGAGACGGAGAGGUGCGUGGGGCUCACUACGACACGGCGAUGGAGGUGCGUUUUGACUCGACUCACAAGUCGCGCGAGGCAGAGCGACAAAGGCACCGAGACGGAGAGGUGAGUGGGGCUCACUACGACACGGCGAUGGAGGUGCGUUUUGACUCGACUCACAAGUCGCGCGAGGCAGAGCGACAAGGGCACCGAGACGGAGAGGUGCGUGGGGCUCACUACGACACAGAGAUGGAGGUGCGUUUUGACUCGACUCACAAGUCGCGCGAGGCAGAGCGACAAAGGCACCGAGACGGAGAGGUGCGUGGGGCUCACUACGACACAGAGAUGGAGGUGCGUUUUGACUCGACUCACAAGUCGCGCGAGGCAGAGCGACAAAGGCACCGAGACGGAGAGGUGCGUGGGGCUCACUACGACACAGAGAUGGAGGUGCGUUUUGACUCGACUCACAAGUCGCGCGAGGCAGAGCGACAAAGGCACCGAGAUGGAGAGGUGCGUGGGGCUCACUACGACACAGAGUUGGAGGUGCGUUUUGAGCGUUGA